ACAGCGACGGUAGAAGUCCUCCUAGGACCACAACGAUAUGUUGAAGCUUCCGUGAUCGUUUUCAAAAUGGGGACAUUCAGUCAUGUGGUUGUGGCUUUAUGUGCUCUGCAUCUGCUUAUUAACCCAACUGCGAACGCGACCAGGAAGCCAUGGACAACUUCUCAGACCAGGAGGGCCAGAGCUGCAAACAGUCCGGCGCCCAUCGACUGUAGAGUGGGGAGGUGGUCGUCUUGGACACGGUGCGACUCCUGCACAGAUAAAACGUUACGUUUUCGACACUUGGAGAAACCUGCACAGUUUGGUGGGACAGACUGUGUUGGGACGUUGUGGGACCGGCUGGCGUGUCCAACAGCGACCACCCAGUGCUUGGUCAAGGAUUACUGCGGGGAGAGUUUCACCUGCAAAGAAACAGGACGCUGCAUAAGCCAGUCCCUUCGCUGUAACGGGGAACCGGACUGCGACGAUUUCUCUGACGAAGACGAAUGCGAUCGCAUCAACCAGAGAGAGGACAAGUGCUCAACCUUGAUCCCAAUUCCUGGCGCUGAACGUAGCACGCAGGGCUACAACCUCCUAACUGGAGACUUUAUGGAUCAAGUGCUUGACCCCAAGUACUUUGGAGGAAAGUGUGAAUAUGUCUACAAUGGGGAAUGGAGUAAACUGACGUAUGAUGCGUUCUGUGAGAGCCUACAGUACAAUGAAGACGAAAAGAACUACCGAAAGCCUUACAAUUACCACACCUACAGUUUUGUGGCUGAAGCCACCUCGAAGGGUUCCGAUGAAUAUUUUGAAGAUAUGCAAAGGCUGCUGGAAGCGAGGCAGUCCAUGUCGUCCUCCAAUUUCGGCGUCUCUGUUGGGAUCUCUUUUGUGAACGUUGGAGUGAAAGGAAAUGCAGAAUCCGAGUUUCUCAACAACCUCACAAAAUAUCAAAGCCAGGACUUUAGCUUCAUUAGGGUUUGGUCCAAAGUGCAAACCGCCCACUUCAAAAUGCGAAGCAACCAGCUGAUGCUUCACGAAGAUUUCUACAUCGCCCUCAUGGAGCUUCCCGAACAGUACGACUUUGGCGUUUACUCCCGCUUCCUGAACACCUUCGGUACCCACUACGUCACAGAGGGAGCCAUGGGGGGAUCUCUGGAAUACGUCGCCGUCCUAAAUAAAACGGCUAUGGCCAAGUCAAAUAUAGACGCAAAAAGAUUUCAGUCCUGCUUCGGGGCCUCUCUCGGCAUAAGUUAUUCACUCAGUGAAACCUCAGAUUUAGGUGUUGAGGUUGAAGCAAGUCAAUGCGAAACCAACAAGCAGGAUUUUAAAGCGAACUCCUCCGAGUCCGCUGUGGUUGAGGACAUCAUCAAACUGGUGAAAGGGGGAAUCACAGAGACCGGCUCAGGACUGCUGGUCAUCAGGGACCAGGAAACAUACAGAAAGUGGGGGGCUUCUCUCAAAUACAGCCCAGCUCUGACUGACUUUGAGAUUUUGCCGAUCUUUGAGGCUGUGCGCCUCAGCACGGCAGCGGACCACGCAGGAGCCAGAAUAGAAAACCUGGAGAGGGCAAUAGAGGAGUAUCUGCGGGAGUUUGACACUUGUCGGUGCGCCCCCUGCAGGCACAAUGGGAUUCCUGUCCUCUCAGGUACCUCCUGCAGCUGCAUCUGUAGGUCGGGCUUCCGGGGCGUGGCCUGCGAGGAGACCCUCAGGAGAGAUGCCAAGACAGAUGGCUCGUGGUCCUGCUGGGGGUCAUGGUCUUCCUGCUCGUCAGGGACGAAAAGCAGGACAAGAGUCUGCAACAAUCCUUCACCUGAAGGGGGCGGGGCACCCUGCCUGGGCUCAGCCAAUCAGAAUCGUCGAUGCUAAAAGGAGCAGUUCCCCCCCACCCUCCUCCACAUAGAAACGGACAGCGAGGGGAUAACGAGUCGUCGUCGUUGUGUUAUUAAAAAAAAUAAAUGAGCUUUGGCGACUUUGA